UCAGCUAGUUCGGCCGCAGAUUAUCAACAUGGCCAGCCAUGUCGACAUCUCUAUCAGCAGCCUAAAUCAAUCACCGACCUUGGCCACUCCAGAAACUGACAGAGAUAAAAUUCACGAAAAGCGGAGUUAUGUCUCCAUCUCGGAGGAUAGAGCUGUAAGGGUGACUUACGAGAGAGAAAGGCUGCUGGAUGACAAAGGAAAUUUGAGUUUGGAUACAUCAGCAGGGAGUCAGACUAUGAAGGAAGGAAUCAAAGACAACUUGGUUGACUUGAGAACCAUUGUGAAGUACAAAAAUGGAGAAACGAAAACACUACACGAGAUUACCUCACAGUGUCUCUUGAAGACAUCAGAAGACACCAAGAAUCAAGGCUUCGAAGUUUUAAGUCUCGCUCGAUGUUUGUGUUUAUCAACACGUUUCGUUAUUGGUAGUUAG